AUGGAGAUGUGCGCUGCUGGUCGCGCGGCGUGGGCGGAGGCGGCGGCGCUAUCGGUUGGAGGAGGGUACGGCGGCGCGGGGGGCGCGGCUCGCCGCUGCUCCGUGCUCGGCGACCACCCGGGCGCCAGGAAAGGCACCGGUGGAAAAUGGCACAGGAACAACCGGGUGCGGGACGCGUCAUACGGCUCGUCGUCCGAAUCGGACGGCGAGGCGGAAGGAGCAGCGGGCGAUUCGUGGGGUGUUGCACGGCUUCUAUACGCUGGCCUCGGCACGCUCGCCGUUGGACUCGUCGUUUACUUCGUCGGCACUGGCGACAAGGGUUUCAAGACACCAGCGCUACGGCUUGUGGGGCCUUCUCUUAUAGUAGCUGGACUUGCGUGUUGUAUACUACGUAUCUGCUUCUGCAUAUUUGCGAAGCCUUGUUGUCGACGGCGGACCAACUACAAGGAGAACAGAAGACUGUCCGGUGGUGGGGAAGGCGAGGAAAUGCCGCUGGCCCGCAGUGGGUCAAGAGGCGACCGCGUCGGACCCGCUCAAUGUUCACCCGCGCGCCGCCUCGACACGUCGUCUUGCGACGUGUCCAGCCUCUCCAGUGGCGAGGAGGACGAACGUCUCCGCCGGUACCGCACCGCUUCUCUGCACCCUCCACCGGUACAUCAGGUACAACCUGUACAGGGCACGAGCCAACCAGCGCUACAGCAAAGCGGGUCGAACCAAAGCGCGUUGCAACGUAGCGGCUCCCAGCAUAGUGGCAGCGCAGGGGGCGCGGGGGGCACGAGCCCUGGUACAGCGGGACCAGUCCUCACACUUGCCCCUGCACGACGUCCUCCACCUCGCAACGUGUCCUUUGCCGGCGUCCCCGAUGGUGAACUCGUCCUAUCCCCAGCACAACUACGCUCCUAA